UUUUUUUUUUUUUAUCAGUAUGAGCUCUGACGUUCCCGGUGUAGAACAUAGAGACCCCCAAUACUUUGGGUACUAUGCCCAACUUCAGCAUCAACAAAACAUGUUACAAGAUACAGUACGCACUUCGACUUAUCGUUCAUCGAUCUUGCUGAAUGGACCCAAAUCGUUCAAGGACAAACUCGUGAUGGAUGUUGGCUCCGGUUCUGGUAUCUUAUCCUAUUUUGCUGUUCAAGCAGGUGCCAAGAAAGUAUAUGCUGUCGAAGCUUCCGGCAUGGCCAACAAGAUGAAGAAGUUGGUCAGUGCUGCUGGUACAGGCAAAAAUGCAUUUUUAAAAGACAAGAUUGAAGUAAUCAAUGCCAAGAUUGAAGAUCCUGAUUUACCUAUUCCUAAGGUAGACACGAUUAUCUCUGAACCUAUUGGUGUCCUUUUAUUCCAUGAAAGAAUGUUGGAAAGUUAUGUUUAUGCAAGAGAUCAUUAUCUGAAAGAAGGUGGUGCCUUGUAUCCCUCUAAAGGCAAUAUCUAUUUAGCUCCUUUUACAGAUGCCACUCUUUGGAGCGAAACGAUGGCUAAGGCUCGUUUUUGGGAACAAGAAUCUUUCUAUGGUAUUGAUUUCAGUCCACUCUAUAAAGAUGCCCGUGACGAAAUGUUUGGUAUGCCUGUGGUGGGUCAUUUCGAUCCUCGCAACCUAAUUACAACUCCUUCUAUUUUUGACACCUAUCCUGUUGAUUUCUCUACUGUCACCGUGAGUGAACUGCAAGACAUCACAAUUCCAUUUGAAUGGGCAGCACAAUACACAGGUUUAAUGCAUGGUGUAGCUGGUUGGUUUGAUCUCGUGUUUUCUCCCCCUCCUUAUGAUGAUCCUAACCCAGAAGACCUUGGUACAACUAUCGAAAUGUCUACAGGUCCUGCUGCUGAACGUACACAUUGGCAGCAAGUUCGGUUCUUGUUCAAGGAGCCUUUGGCUGUCAAUGCAGGCCAAAAAAUGCGUGGAUGGAUGCGCUGUAUUGUGAAUGAUAUGCGCUCCUACACCAUCUAUGUAGAAAUUACGGCUUCGAAUUCAGAAGUCUUAAGCGACCCUAAGCAAAUUAACAAGGAAACAUUUGGAGCAUGCUCAGAUAAACUAUUUGUGCGCCGUGGUAUUUGGGAAUUACAUGAACAGACUUACAAUUACAACUAUACACCUGGUAUGAUGCCUGAACAUAAGCCUGAAUAUUCUUGUUUAUAUGAGCCAGAGACACGUCUGGAUCAACCCAGUGUUUAUCAAGAUUUGGAAUCAAUGCAUGUGAUGGAUAGCUAUGAAGAUUUUGUAAACUAAGCUUUAUUGUAAAAAAUAAUAAUAAAAAAAAAUU